AGAGUUCAGCUGUAGACCGUUAGAGAGCUUUCUGGGAGCUGUCUGCUCAUGUUUAACUGAUGACUGUUUUCUGUCUCUGAACAGGGUGUGAAACGCAAGAACCGCCAACAUGUCUGACGGAAAGAAAAUGACGUCUAGCCGCAGGCAUCAUCUGAAGAGUUUGAUGCUGCAGAUUGCUGCCAGCUGGAUCGAGCAGGAGAAGAAGGACAUUGUGGCUGCCAAGGAGACCUACAUGGCGGAGACCUGCCCAAGUCCAGACGUCAGCGGAGACCAGGCGGCCCUCAUGGAAAUCUGCAAGAAGAUCCACGCUUCCCUCGACAAGAUUGACGACGUGAGGUACGACAUCGAGGCCAAAGUGCAGAAGGCCGACAAAGAGAUCGAGGACCUGAAGAUGAAGGUGGUGGAGCUGGCGGGAGUGAAGAAACCCGCCCUGAAGAAAGUGCGUAUGUCCGCUGACGCCAUGCUGCAGGCUCUGCUGGGAGGAAAACACAAAGUGACCAUGGACCUGAGGGCCAACCUGAAGCAGGUCAAGAAGGAGGUCAAAGAGGAGGUGGCAGACGCAGGCGACUGGCGUAAGAACAUCGAGGAUAAGGCCGACAGGAAGAAGAUGUUUGAGACUUCCUAAACGCUUCCUGCAGCAGCGAGGACGACAGCGAGUGGGGGGGUGAGGAGACGACAUGGUCUGAGGUCUGAGUGACUGAAAGGGUCUCUGAGUGCCAGCAGGACUCACAGGGACGACAGUUUAGACACUUUUUUUUUUGUUGUGCCUUUUAUUUAUUUUUUGGCUGGUUUGUGAUACCACCGUCGCCGUGGGAGACAGACCCGAAGCAAACGUAAGGUCAUCAUGUACGCAAAUCAAACGUCUCUUAAAGAUAAACGCCAUCACUUCACCAUGUACAGCUUUUCAUGGACUCAGUAGAAAUAAAUGUUUUGGAAUAAC